AUGGCAGGUAAAGACGUCUCGUUGGUAGUUGACGACUUGAUAGCCAAACUUCCGAAGGUUGCAGUACCUACACGUUCAAAAGUAUGCAUCUACAAAGUGCAUGAGAAGUUGCAUGCAGUAAGCAGUCCUAGUAUGUAUGUACCAGCCGUUGUAUCAAUUGGACCGAUCCACUAUGGAGAUGAAAAGCUAAAAGGAACAGAAGAAGUAAAGUUAUAUUAUAUGAGCGACGUUUUAACUCAAAGGGGAAAGAAAGAUAUAAACUCGGCAACAGCGUCAUUGCUAAAGUGUUUUGAGUCCACCAAGAAGCUUGAAAAAGAAAUUAGAGAGUGCUACGCGGAACCUAUCCUUCUCGAGAGCAAGGAAUUCAUAGAGAUCAUGGUGGUUGAUGGUUUAUUCAUCGUUGGGUUAUUCCAGAAUUAUAGAGUUGAACCAUUAAGGGAUGAUGAUCCUUUAGCUCAUAAUCCAUGGAAAUCUCAUAAUGUUAUUUGGGAUUUGCUACUCAUUGAAAACCAAAUUCCAAUGUUUGUUCUAGAAAGCCUAUACAAAUUAACAGCAUCCGAUGAAGAACAAUCGCUUAAAAGCAUUGGUUUUCUUUCUUAUGGUUUCUUCAAAAAUUAUAUUCAUUUCCCAAGAGAUAAAACUGUUCUCCGUAAAAUGAAAGAAACAGAUCUGCAUGAAGGCGUCCACUAUAAGCAUUUACUGGAUCACUUAGCUAAGACACUUCAUCCUCUUACCGAUAACGAAGAUAGUGUGGUCUGUCCACCACUGCGGCGGCUGAUACAUGCUUUACGAGUAACUACCAAGUUCAUAACAGAUCUAUUCUUACCUAAACCAAACACGAUUCAUACAUCAAGAUUGUACAUGCCUAGCGCGACACAGUUGAAUAUAGCAGGAAUCAAGAUUGUCAAGGGUUCCAAAGAAGCUAGUUUCCUCGAUAUCAGCUUCAAAGAUGGAGUUAUGACAAUACCACCUGUUGUAAUUUCUGGCCACACAGAACUUCUGCUUAGAAAUCUCAUUGCGCCAGAGCAAUUUUCCGACCGGUAUACUAUUUACGUGACUUCUUAUGCUUUAUUCAUGGAUAGGCUCAUAGUCACUGCAAAAGACGUUGAGUUCCUAACCAAUCGGGGUAUCAUUACAAAUCAGUAUGGUCGCCUUCAAGAAAUUGCUGAUCUCUUUAGUAGGCUGCAUAGAGAGGUGGUUUCAGGAGCACCAUUCUAUUAUCUUGGAACCUUUGAUAGAGUUAACGAAUAUUAUAACGACAGUUGGAACUUUUAUAAAGCGGCUAUUAAACAGAAAUACUUCAUUGAACCAUGGGUCACUAAAGACUUGAGUUUCAGUGAACAAAAAUCAUAUAGAUAUCCACCAAGGAGGAAGAUUCCACCAACUCAUCGAGAGACUUAUGAUCAUUUGGAGGAGUUAUUUAAUAAUUAUGAUCAUCUGGAUGAGUUAUUUGAUGAUUUCAUUUCAUAA